AUGCGUUACGCUCUGGUCGCUUGUCUCCUGCUUCUGGCAGCCACCGCUUUCGUUGAUGCUAAGAAGAAGAAGGUAGCUGAUGAUGAGCUCGGAGAGCUUUUGGACAACAUCGAUGCUGAUGAGGAGAAGAAGAGUGUAGAACCAGCCAAGAACCCUUGCGAAGACCAUCAAUGCGGAUGGGGAAAGGAAUGUGUUGUCGGAAAGAAGGGAGAGCCAACCUGUGAAUGCAUCUCAAAGUGCCCAGAACUCGAUGGGAACCCGAUGGACAAGGUCUGCGCCAACAACAACCAAACCUUCACCUCCCUCUGCGAUCUCUACCGUGAGAGAUGCUUGUGCAAGAGAAAGUCCAAGGAAUGCGAGAAGGCCACCAAUGCCAAAGUCCAUUUGGAGUAUCUUGGAGAGUGCAAGAAGCUUGACGAAUGCACCGAAGAGCACAUGGCUCAAUUCCCAGAGCGUAUGGCUGACUGGCUCUUCCAGGUCAUGAAGGAGUUGAAGAAGAGACGUGAGCUCCACAAGCUCGAGUGGGAGGAACUCUUGUCUGAGGCUGAGAACGAUGAUGAGAAGAAGCACGUCUACCCAGUCAUCUGGAAGUUCUGCGAGCUCGACACCAAGCCACAUGAUAAGUCCGUCUCCCACCACGAGUUGAUCCCAAUCACCGCUCCAGUCAUCCCAAUGGAGUCCUGCAUCAAGCCAUUCCUUGAGGGAUGCGAUGCCAACAACGACGGAAACAUCUCGAUCAAGGAAUGGGGAAAAUGCCUCGGACUUAAGGAGGGAGAGAUCCAAGAGAGAUGUUAA